UGGGCAGCUGGAGAGAGCGAGGGAACAGAAAGAAGCUGCAGGACACAAAUAAAUCCGUCACCUUUUCAAAACAGACGAGGCCUUUCAGGCAGUUCUGCAGCAGGUACACCUGGCAGGACUGGCAAUGUACAGACUGUCCUAUGCAGAUGGACAAAAUGACUAACCAGAGGGCUGCCAGCUUCAUGGCCUUGCCAAUUUGUUUUGCAAUAGGUGCAGAGAAACUCAGCAUGGAGAGUCUAGGGUUGCCAUAUUUCAAAAAGUAAAAACCAGGACACCCUAAAAUUGUUGAGUUCUUUUUAAGGAAAACCUAAAAGUUGUUGAGCCUUUUUAAGACAAACCCCUAAGGUGUGGAGCAACACGAUUCUUCGACUGACUUGCCUAAGAUCCAGGACAAAGCGCCGCCUUUGGGAAAUUCCCCCUGGAUGUCAAUUCUGCCUUUGAAAUCCCGGUAAUGUCCAGAUGCAUGGCAGCCCUAAUGGAGACAGAGUCUUGGAGAACACCCCAUCAUCAGAAUCUGGUGCCUCUUAUGCUCAGGUCAAUCAGGAAUGGCUGCUGCAGAAAUUCCCAGUUAUAUUGUUUCCUCUCAGACUGAGAAGCACAGGAGGGCCAGGAACUGGACUGAUGCAGAGAUGAGAGGCUUAAUGCUGGUUUGGGAAGAAUUUUUUGAUGAAUUGAAACAAACUAAAAGGAAUGCCAAAGUUUAUGAGAAAAUGGCUAACAAACUCUUUGAAAUGACUGGAGAAAUUCGACAUGGAGAAGAAAUAAAGAUAAAAAUUACAAACAUGACAUUCCAGUACAGAUGCAUGCAUAUAAUUGAAGAACCAAGCAGUGAUGCAAAAGGAGUCAAGUGGAAAUUAAAAUGUAUGACUGAUAGUGAAACGCUUGCACCUGAUUGGCCUUACUUUAAAACCAUUGAUAGAAUACUCUCUAAAGUGUCAGAGCACAAUGAUGUGAAAAUGCAUGACAGUCAGCUGCCAGGUCCUUCAACAUCCCAGACUGAGGCAUCACAGUCUCCAUCUGCCAAGUCUACUCCACUCUAUUUGCCUUAUAACCAGUUCACAUAUGAAGGGAGAGAAGAAUUUUUUGAAGAUGAGCAUUCUGAGAGCUCUUCCAGCUUACUUUCUUAUAAGUUAAGAGCUGAAGAGAGGCCCAUAAAGAAAAGGAAAAUGCAGAGUUGUAGCUUUCAAAAGAAGAAACUAAAGUUAAUGGAAGCAAUGCUAGAGGAACAAAAGAAACUGAGUAGGGCAAUGGAAGAAACGUGCAGGGAAGUAAGAAGGAUUCUGGAUCAGCAGAACAUCAUCCAAGUCCAGAGCCUGCAGCUGCAAGAGAGAAUGAUGAAUUUAUUGGAGAAAAUGAUAUCGAAAGCCAAUGUUUAGUUUCUUUUGCAGUGCUCCUGAAAAUACAAUAUUUAUCUAUUUUACAGAAAUUACAUAUCCUAGGAUUGCCUCUUCCUUCCAGGUAAAUAAAAAAUUGUAAUGUAAUUAUGAAGAGUUUAAUCAGUGUAGGAGGUGAGCCAUCUAGACAACUGGGUGUUUCUUAAUGAAAUAAAAUGUGGUCUUGCUUUGUGAA